AUGAACGCACUUCGACAGCGUCUGCCCGCUCCCAGGCAGGACCAGGCUGCCCGCCAAGCACGCAAGAAUGGCGGUGCUGAAGGCGGAAAGGCUGGGUACGAGCCCUCCCGUAUCGCACAGCUCGCCCAAGAGGCCCCCAUCUGGUAUCGCUCUGCCGCUCGCCGGCGGCUCUACUUCCUGCUGUUCCCUGCGGCCGUUGUCUCGUAUGCCACGAGUGGUUACGACGGGUCCAUGAUGAACUCAUUGCAGACCGUGUCUUAUUGGGACGACUUCUUCGACAACCCGCGAGGUGCUCAGCUCGGACUCAUGAGCGCCAUCAUGUCCCUCGGCAGCAUCUGCUCGACGCCCAUCGCGCCUUGGGUCGCCGACAAGUACGGCAGGCGCAUGGGUAUUACUGUCGGUAGUCUCAUCAUGAUCAUUGGUGCGAUCCUGCAGUGCGAGAGCCACAACUUUGGGAUGUUUGUUGGCAGUAGAUUCGUCCUCGGAUUCGGGUUGUCUUUUGCCACGACAUCAGCGCCCAGUCUCGUCAGCGAGUUGUCGCAUCCGAAAGACCGCGUCACGGUGACGGCCAUCUGCAAUACUUGCUGGUUCGUUGGCAGCAUCGCCGCGGCUUGGAUCACCUACGGCACCCGCAAUAUCCAAAGCACUUGGUCUUGGCGCCUACCCUCUCUCUUGCAAAUGGCUCCGAGCAUAAUCCAGCUUUCGACCAUCUGGUUCCUUCCCGAGUCACCGCGCUGGCUAAUCUCGAAUGAUCGUAGCGAAGAGGCCAUGGAGGCUCUCAAGCAGUACCAUGGCGAAGGCGGCGAAACGGAGCUCGUGCGACUGGAGUUUGAAGAAAUCCGUGCUGCGAUUGACCACGAAAAGCGCUCGGGAACAACGACGUGGCCCUCGAUGGUCAGAACCAAGGGCAACCGUUAUCGCAUGUUCCUCGUCGUCUGCAUGGGGUUCAUGAGCCAGUGGUCCGGCAACGGCCUUGUGGCGUACUACCUGUCGCGCGUCAUGGACACGGUCGGCAUCACCGAUAAAAACACCCAGGCUCUGGUCAACGGACUCAUCAACAUCUGGAACUUUGGCCUGGCCCUGACGACGGCCUUCUUCGUCGAGCGCAUCGGCCGCCGGCCCCUGUUCCGCGCGUCGACGCUCGGCAUGCUGACGGUGUUCACGGCCUGGACCAUUGCGUCUGCUCUCUUCGACCAGAGCCGGGCCAAGUCGGCCGGCAUUGCCGUCAUGGCCCUGAUCUUUGUCUUUCAGUUCUUCUACUGCAUCGCCUUCUCGCCGCUGCCGGUCGCGUACUCGGUGGAGGUCCUGCCGUAUUCAAUCCGCGCCAAGGGCAUGGCCACUUACGUCUUCUCCACCAAGGCGGCCGUCUUCUUUAACCAGUUCAUCAACCCUAUCGGGUUGGAAAACAUCGGCUGGCGCUUCUACCUCGUGUACGUGGCUAUCCUGGCUGUCGAGAGUUUCAUCGCGUACGGCUGGUUCCUCGAGACCAAGGGCAAGGCUCUGGAGGAGAUUGCAGUCAUCUUCGACGGAGAGGCGGCUGAUGUGCGCAUGGACGAUGGUCACAAGUUGGAGGGUCUUGUGGAUGUUGAGGAAACGGAGAAUGUCCACCGCAAGGUAUAG